CCUGCUAUUGUACACUGAUUCAUCGAUUCACUUGGUUUAAUUAUUGUGUGACACUGUAAAUCCUGAAUUUGCUCACCUAUUAUUCCGGAGGAGCACGUUGUCACACUUUUGGACCAAGUAGAAAAAUAAUUUUGCUUGCUGAAGAUGGAGGUGAGAGGAGAGCGUAGCGGCUUCGUGGAAGCCGUGAGAUCGUUCUUUACCACCAUCAGAGAGCGGAUUAGACAACGGAGAACACGGCAGAGAACUAAAAACUACCGGAUAUGUCAAAACUUGGCCAUGGCCAAGAUUGAGUCUAAACAAGAAAGAAGACUGAAGAAGCAAGUGAAAUCUGGGUUUAAGGCCAAGAGGAACAAGAGGAGCCAACCAGCUAACAUCACAGCUGAAGUGGACAGCACUAGCUGGAUACAGGAGAAGGAUGGAGCUCCUAAAGGUCUGCGCGAGAGAAUGCGGUCUGCUCUGCGAGCUUUUCGAGAGGAGCGCAAGCCUCGCUGGGUGAGAGGAUGGAGGCAAAACAACCCAGAACCCCUCAACGUGGAGGAGAUUCAAGCUGGAGAGGAUCUCCACGAGACUCAAACCGGAGAGGAUCUCCAGAUUCAGACCGGAGAGGAUCUACGUGAGACUCAGGUCAGGGAGGAUCUCCAUGAGACUCAAACCGGAGAGGAUCUCCAGAUUCAGACCGGAGAGGAUCUACGUGAGACUCAAGCCGGAGAGGAUCUGGAGACUCAGGCUGCAGAAGAUCUACAGCCUGCCGAGCCAGCAAGCUGGGUUGUGACCUAUGGCCAGAUGUGGCACGGAAUGGCCCAGCAAGGUGACUCUGUCAACUGCAGAGAGGACCUCCAUGCCACUCAGGCCAGAGAGGAUAUUGAACCUGCUGAACCAGCAAGCUGGGUUUUGACCUAUGGCCAGAUGUGGCACGGAAUGGCCCAGCAAUAUGGUCCUGUCCUCUACAGUGAGAAUCUCCCUGUCACUGAGGACGGAGACGAUCUCCAUGCUUUGCAGGAUCUCCAGCCUGCUGAACCAGCAAGCUGGGUUAUGACCUAUGGCCAGAUGUGGCACGGAAUGGCCCAGCAGUAUGGUCCUGUCCUCUACAGUGAGAAUCUCCCUGUCACUGAGGACAUAGACGAUCUCCGUGAGACUCAGGGCAGAGAGGACCACUGUGAGGCUCAGGAUCGCCGUGAGACUCAAUUUGGAGGGUAUCUCCACGAGUCUCAGACCGAAGAGGAUCUCCAGAUUCAGGCCGGAGAGGAUCUAUGUGAGACUCAGGACAGAGAGGAACUCCAUGAGAUUCAGGCCGUGGAGGAUCUCUGUGAGACUGAAGCCGGAGAGAAUCUCCCUGACACUCAGGACAGAGAGGAACUCCAUGAGACUCAGGCCUGGGAGGAUCUCUGUGAGACUCAGGCUGGGGAGGAACCCCUUGAGACUCAGGCCGGAGAGGAUCUCCAUGAAUCAGCCAGCUGGGUUAUGACCUAUGGCCAGAUGUGGCAAGCAAUGGCCCAGCGAGAUGGUCCUGUUCUCUGCAGUGAGAAUCUCCCUGUCCCUGAGGACAGAGACGAUCUCCGUGAGACUCAGGCCGUGGAGGAUCUCCAUGAGAUUCACGCCAGAGAGGAUCUACGUGAGACUCAGGGUGGAGAGGAUCUCCAUGAGACUGACGGGGGAGAGGAUCUCCAGACUCUGGCUGGGGAGGAUGUCCACUCUCAGGCUCUGGAGGAUCUCCAUGAGACUCGGGCGGCAGGGGAUUUUCACCUUUCUGAACCAGCAAGCUGGGCUGUGUCCUAUGGCCAAAUGUGGCAAGUAAUGGCCCAGCUAGGUGACUCUUUCAACUGCAGAGAGGACCUCCAUGCCACUCAGGCCAGGGAGGAUAUUCAGCCUGCUGAAAUAGCAAUGUGGCUGGGCGCUGGGAACGUGGAGUACUGGGUGGAGCCAGAGUUGCAGGACAUCAUCAGUCCAUUCAAGCACAUGGGCUUUGUCUAAAACGCCCUGCACAAUGUUUCCCAAAAGACCUGGGAGAAGACCUGCCCAUCUUUGUGUGACUCCAUCCUACAUCAUUGAGAAUGGCAUAGAAACUGACUACAGCUACAAUCAUAGUUCAGCUGCCCUUCAACUGUGACACAUUAUUAUUAAGAUAAAACGUUUAUUGAUUAUUAUAUUGAUAUGACAUUAAUAUUA